AUGAACGCACACCCCGGCCCAACCCAUUGUAUUUUCCCAAUUCUCAGACGUCUGCGGAUCGAAGGCGAAUCAAGGCGAUCGAAGCUCCCUGUCUUCUCUCUUCCCUCCGCUAACAGUGCUUCCUCUGUAAAAGAUGAUUUUGGGACUCUUCGUUGCAGCGAACUAAGCGUGCCGGCGCAGGAUUUGGAGAAUUUAGAGUGGUUAUCUCAUUUUGUGGAAGAAUCAUUCUCUGAAUAUUCUGUCACCGGGAAGUUGCCACCGAACUCGACGGAGAACCAGUCUGAACCAGAAAUUUCAGUUCCCGAGAAGCCUUGUUUCACCACUCCGGUUCAGACCAAGGCCAGAACGAAACGAAACGAAAUCGGCAGUUUGAUGAAGCCUGAGUGA